GAAUGCUCCAGAGAGCAAAUGAAGGAACGAUGAAUUUUUUGUUUGAUUCGACGGAUGAAAAAAAAACAGGAUUGAAUGAUUGGUGGAAAAUUUAUGAAAGAAACGUUCAUCUACAUAUUAUUUACACAAGAUUGAAGAAAUGUUACAACAAUGUUUCUUACAAUGCGAGAUCCGAUUUGAGCUCUGGCUAUUAAUUUCUAUUUUAAAUACAAAUUUGGUACACUAUAUAUAUAUAACAAUAUAUAUAUAAAACAUGUAUAUUGACAUGAUUGCACCGGUUAGCAGUUCCGGCAGUGGCGACAAACGCGACUGGCAACGCCACAAAUCAAGUGAAGUUAAUAUUGCAUUGUAGGAGUUGCAACAGGAUAACACGCCGAACAUCUACAUCAUUUUGGUGAAAAAUUACGUCAUUCAAUUUUCAAUCGCAAACUUCAGGAGAGUAAAUUGCGAGUCAGUACAAAAAGUUCUUUGAAUGAUUUGGUCACAAGUUGAUGCAGAAGAACCACCCGCCCACACACAAUUCUUAUAAAUUAACAACAACAAUACUCUCCCACCGUCAUCACCAUCUCCCUUCAACAACAGCCACAAUACUCACAAACUCAAUUUAUAUAUAUAUAUAUAUAUAUAUAUGAGAGAGAGAGAGAGAGAGAGAGAGAGAGAGCGUAUAUUUAUAAUAACUGUGUGCAUGUUGUUAGCUAUCAAUUGGCGCAUAACACAAAAAGUACUGAUGUAGCACAGAAUGCACAAAGAUCUGUUGAACAUUAGUGUAGAAAGCCAGCAAUGCAAAGUUUGUGAGGUCAUUGGUACUGAUGCAACAUGGGUGUUGUACUCACAUGAAGUUCUUAUGCAUUCAAGUCCUGUGAAGUACAUUUCUUCAAAUUUGUACAUGAUUCAAGCAAGCAAGUACACAACUGUGCAUGUUCAAACAUCCUCAUGCCAGUUAUUGUUAGCAAACAAACUGCAGCAACCAGCCAUUCACCUCCAUCAUGAACAAGGCAAGUCACAACAACCACACUCCCAUUUAUCAGGAACCACUGAAACACAGCAGAACAGGAAACAAUCACACAACAUUCAGACGAGACAUGAAUAG